UUGCAAUUGCGGUUCAAGCCUGCGAUAAAAAAAGCAGAAUUUCAAUACUCAACAAUUCGGAACAAUUCCCAGCUGUUGUAAACUGUCAACCUGAAGCCCAUCACUAUCGUCUGUCGUCGGUCAUCUUUAGUUUUCUGGUAAUUUUUAAUCCAACAAAAUGCCUGAAGCCGAAGGAAGAUCACCGCUAGAGCGGUUUUCAAGAGCUGUUUUUAGUAUGGUCGACGGACCUGUGACUUGGUUUAGAGGUAAAAUGCAAAAACAACUCGUCGAACCCAACCAAACGAAGUAUCCAUGGUACCACCAGAAAUUCCGCCGUGUUCCAACUGUCGACGAAUGCUAUACAGACGAUGCUGUGUGCAAAUUCGAAGCCAACCAGCAAUUCCGUCGCGACCGGAUGGUUGACAGUGAAAUCCUUAAUCUUCGUCAACGAUUUGAAGACUGCAUCCUGUACGAAGCCCCAGAUCACGUUGCAAAAUGCACCCCUUUGAAGGAGAUUUACGAGAAGGCAGCAACCAAUUGGUUCAUUAAGUAUGGUGACUUAGGUGGCUAUGGCGAUGCUAAAACGUGUUACAUGAAGCAAAAACAUCGAUUGAUUUGGGAGCGACGUCACGGUCCAGUCGGCUCUGGAAUGAAAAAUGCCGAAGGAUCGGAAGCGCAUUGAUUUCGAUGGUGGAUGACUUAGUGGAAAUAUUUGUAGAGAUUGUAAAUCGAUGACCAACUCUUCAAAAGUUAAAGAAGGUUCGAAAGUAAUAGCUUCAGGGCUGUAUCAAUAAAUACAUCGGGAGUCAAA